GUAUGUAAUUCGCGUAUAAAUCGAUUUUGGAAAUAUUUCUGACUAUUUUCAGUCAAAAGUUUUUCCAUAGACAUGUAAAAAACGAUUAUGUAUUUUAUAUUGAGUGCAAAGACAAAAUAUUAUUAAAUUAUCAACGAUUUCGCUUUAUUUUUUUAAUUAGAAUCUUUAUAAGUUUGUUUCUUUUAUCGCUUUCCACUUAAGAGAUAAUCAAUAAAGUGAGUGUAUUUUAACUAAAAUUCAGACAAGUACUUAUAUUUUAGCUAUAAUGGGCACCGUUUUAAGUUUCAAUCCACGUGAUAGGCAUCCGGUAUACUCAUCACAGCCAAAUUUUCCAUAUAACCAAUCUACGGACAUUCCAAAUCAAAAAUCAAACGACAAUUCUGGAUCAGUGGACUCUCAACUGAAUAAUUUUUCUUAUGAGCAGUUAAAUAACGCUAAAAAUAGAGAAAAUAGAAAAGUUUAUUCACAUCAAAUAUCAAGGAAUGGCUCUGGACAUCAAAAUACUUGUGGGAGCCUACAAUUUAAUAUGCACACACAGAUGAACUCGCACAACUUUAACAGCUUGACAUAUUCAUCAAAGGAUACAAUUAACAAUGAUUUGGAUUCUCAUAACGAGAAUUCAACUAUUAUAUUAGAAAAAAGUUCUAUUGAAAAAAACUUGAAAAAACAUUCACUCUUUAUAAAUGCUCUAUCUUGGAAAAAACUAUCUACAUCUCACAAUAAAAAAAAAGUAGAGAAUAAGAAUAAGUGUGCGAACUUACCCUCUACAUGCUUUAAGGCUCAGCUUUUGGAAGCUUCUUAUUCGUCUUCAUCGGAUAAAAACAAAAACAUUCAGUUACAUUGUAAUCAUAUUGAAGAGCAUCAACAAACCCACUGUAAUCAAAGUCAGAUCAUUCAGGAGCUUCCAUUUUUUCCAUCUACUAAAGCGCAAAAACUAACAACAGCAAAAGAACAGGGAAGAGUUAAUAAUACAAACUCAAUAACAAAUCAUAAUAAGUUGAUUCAAAAGCAACCUCUAGCUUUGACUCGGCCUCAGCAGUUGCAAAUAUCAUCAAUUCAAAUUAAAAACACCAAUCAGAAUUAUAUUCCACGUAAAACUGUUAUUCAGGCAUCGACUUCAGAGCUGUUAAAAUGUCUAGGUCUUUUUCUACAUUACCGGUGCCAUAGAUUAAACAAUUUUGAUCCUGGGGACGCUGUUAUGUGGCUAAGAGCGGUAGACCGAAGUUUAUUGCUGCAAGGCUGGCAGGACGUGGCAUUUAUCAAUCCAGCAAAUGUUGUAUUUGUUUACAUGUUAGUACGUGAACUUGUAAAUGGAGAAGAAACGAAGGAAUCUGAUCUUCAAGCUUCUGUGCUUACCUGUUUGUAUUUAUCUUAUUCAUACAUGGGUAAUGAAAUAAGCUAUCCCCUGAAACCAUUUCUCGUUGAGGAUUCAAAAGAAACUUUUUGGGACAGAUGUUUAUUCAUUGUAAACAGGCUAAGUAAUAAGAUGCUGAAAAUAAAUGCAGAGCCAGCAUUCUUCACGGAAGUAUUUACUGAGCUGAAGUCUUGUGGACAAUUUCAAUCCAAUUCGAUACAAAGUUUACCUUGCGGAGGAACCUGACGGAAUCAUGAGCAAUACAAUUUAAACCAACUUUCAUUAUCUACUUACUAGCUUAAUUUUCGAGGAAAGCAAUGGUAAACAAAAUAAUCAUUACCAAAUUUCUUUGUCACACCAUCACACUUGUUCAAAUAAAAAUGUAAUAAUAUUGCUUGCAAAAAUUA